UCUCUGUAUGAUUGCACAAGCAGCAGACUGAGCAGUCAACAUGGCAGCACUUUUCAGAGCUAGAAAAGUCUUCACUCGAGCAGGCGCGUUCUCAAUGGGACACGUUAAGGACGCGGUGGACGGAUGAUGACCUUUCACCUAGUUUACCGCUGUGCUGGUCAGCUAACCGGCCCUUGGCCUGUGUGGCUGUAGAUCUCUGUCCUCGCUAGCUGAGCUACCAGAGAUGCAUCAGAUGAUGAGACAGACCUCUAGAGACUAUGCAGACAGAGAACUGGCUCCUAUAGCUGGCAAAUUAGACAAGGAGCACCUCUUUCCCGCCCGACAGGUGCGAGAGCUGGGGGCUAUGGGGGUGAUGGCUGUAGAGGUUCCUGAGGCGCUGGGAGGAGCAGGUAUGGACUACCUGGCCUACUCCCUGGCCGUGGAGGAGAUCAGUAGGGGAUGUGGCAGCACUGGAUGUGUGGUCUCGGUCAACAACUCUUUGUACAUAGGGCCGAUAUUGAAGUUUGGAACACCGGAGCAGAAGGAUCAGUGGAUCACCCCUUUCACAAACGGAGAGAAAGUUGGCUGCUUCGCUCUGAGUGAACCAGAUAAUGGUAGUGAUGCAGGGGCAGCGUCUACAUUAGCCAGACAGGAGGGAGAGGAGUGGGUACUGAACGGGACUAAAGCCUGGAUCAGCAACUGCUGGGAUGCCUCAGCUACUGUCGUAUUCGCUACCACCGACAAGUCACUCAAACACAAGGGUAUCAGUGCAUUCCUGGUGCCCAUGCCUCACCCUGGCCUUUCCCUGGGGAAGAAGGAGGACAAGCUGGGCAUCAGAGCAACCUCCACGGCCAACCUCAUCCUGGAGGACUGUAGGAUACCCCUGGGCAACAUGCUGGGGCCACGAGGGUCUGGCUUCAAGAUAGCCAUGCAAACCCUGGACGGUGGGCGUAUAGGCAUAGCAUCCCAGGCUCUGGGCAUUGCUCAGGCGGCUCUGGACUGUGCUGUGGACUAUGCUCACAAACGCACCGCCUUCGGAGCUCCCAUUGGCAAGCUGCAGGCCGUACAGUUCAAGCUGGCGGACAUGGCUGUAGCUGUUGAAAGCGCCCGUCUCCUCACCUGGAAGGCUGCAAUGCUAAAAGACGCCAAGAAAACCUUCACCAAGGUAUGCACACACACCACGCACACCGUCCUCUCUGUCACACUACGUAACGUUGUACUCCCUCCUUUCAUGUCCCCACAGGAAGCAGCGAUGGCCAAACUAUCAGCGUCGGAGGCCGCUACCUUCUGCGGCCAUCAGUCGAUCCAGGUUCUUGGGGGAAUGGGUUACGUGACGGACAUGCCAGCAGAGAGGCACUACCGCGACGCGCGAAUCACUGAGAUCUACGAGGGCACCAGUGAGAUCCAGAGACUGGUGAUAGCCGGCCAGCUGCUGAAGGAGUAUGUACCAUAGAGACUUGCGGGCUGCGCCCCGGAUGGCAGUCUAUUCGCUACAUAGUGCACUAUUUUUGGACAGACCCCAACGGUCAAAAGUGGUACACUAUAUAGGGAAUACGGGUGCAAUUUCAAAUUGGCCCAUAACAGCCACGACACCCAGGACUGCGUUCAGGACUGCAGUGUUCAACCGUGUUGUCAGCGUCAGUCAGCUACUGAACUGAAGGAAUGUCAGACAUGGAGACAGACUCGCACAGCUCUGGGUAGAAGUUGCCCUUAACCACAGAUCUAGGAUCAGAUUCCCAAACUAAUGCCCAAAUCCUAACCUCAACUGUUACGGAGAGAUAGUUGUUCCUGGACCAGUGGAUAGAGGCACCUUGUACCUACCACUCCAAAGGGACAAGAAGACCAGGCCUGCAUUCAGGACUGCGGUGUUCAGCAAUGUUGUGGAACACUGCAACAUGCAUCCCACCUUACUUCAAAUUUGUAUAACGAUUACAAAGCAAUCCAAGACUGUCUCCGGUUUGAAGCCAUUUUGUAACUGUCGAUAUCAACAUGGAGAUAAAUAUCAACCUUUCUGCCUUAACGUCAUAAUAUUAUCUGCUUUGAACUGAUGGUGUCUGGUAAUACACGCUAGUAGACUCGCAAUUCUCACUGUGACCCUGUCUGUGUGAGGUGCAGUGCCUACUAGAGCCACAGGAGGGGAGUGUACAGUUUGGACUGCCCGUCACCUGCACUUCAAACGACGGGGGAAAUCACAACAACAACAUUUGAACACGUGUAACAUGCCUCCCCCCUUAUUCUCUGCCUUGUAAAUAUUCACUGAUCUAAAAGAGUUCUGUAGUCAUAAAACAAGGACAUACUGUAGUUGGCUAACGCCGCACCCAGGCUAGGCUGGUGGAUGAAUGAAUCUUAGUUUUGAUAUAAAGAGUGAUCUGUUCAGAUGAAACUGUAAAUGCCACAGCUAGAGAACCUGUUUCUGUCUGAGUUUCAGAGAAAUUCUGAAACUGAUAUGUUUUACGAUGCCGCCCUACACAGCCCAAGCUUGUGCCUCAACAUAAACUGCUGCUGUUCAUAUUUUAUCAUAAUUGAUGGUACAUGAUGAAAUAAAAAAACAUAUUUUCAUGU